UUAUUUUUGUAUGAAAAUUUAAAAGAUUGUUGGAGAAAAAUUAAUUACCAAACUUCAAAAUUUACUAAUGACAAGUUUUACUUUUAACUUUCUCAUAGCAGUCUUAUGUUUUAAUUGUUGGUUUGUUUUAAAAGUGUGUAUUAUUUUCUCUGAAAAAGUUCAUAGGAUAUGUAAAUUGAUAUGGUUUAGCAUAUGAUAAAGUACCUAUCACGCUGUAAAAGUGUGAUAAAUGUUACCUGUUAUUAUCAAAAUCAUUACUGUUACAUCAUUUUCCUCCCAUUUUAAAGUUGACCAUGCCAGUCAUACUUAUUCCCUGAUUUCUUUGCAUUUACAGGAGAAGAAUGGCUUUGAAACAGAUUUCUAGCAACAAGUGCUUUGGAGGAUUGCAGAAAGUUUUUGAACAUGACAGUUGUGAACUAAAUUGCAAAAUGAAAUUUGCGAUCUACUUGCCACCAAAGGCAGAAACUGGAAAAUGCCCUGUGCUAUAUUGGCUGUCUGGUUUAACUUGCACAGAACAAAAUUUCAUAUCAAAAUCUGGUUAUCAUCAAGCUGCCUCAGAACAUGGCCUUAUCGUCAUUGCUCCAGAUACCAGCCCUCGUGGCUGCAAUAUUAAAGGAGAAGAUGAGAGCUGGGACUUUGGUACUGGUGCUGGGUUUUAUGUGGAUGCUACUGAAAAUCCUUGGAAAACUAACUACAGAAUGUACUCUUAUGUAACAGAGGAGCUUCCCCAACUCAUAAAUACCAAUUUUCCAGUGGAUCCUCAAAGGAUGUCUAUUUCUGGCCAUUCCAUGGGAGGCCAUGGAGCACUGAUUUGUGCUUUGAAGAAUCCUGGAAAAUACAAAUCUGUGUCAGCAUUUGCUCCAAUUUGUAACCCAGUGCUCUGUCCCUGGGGCAAGAAAGCCUUUGGUGGAUAUUUGGGAACAGAUGAAAGUAAAUGGAAGGCUUAUGAUGCUACUCAUCUUGUGAAGUCCUACCCGGGUUCUCAGAUAGACAUACUAAUUGAUCAAGGAAAAGAUGACCAGUUUCUUUCAGAUGGACAGUUACUACCUGACAACUUCAUAGCUGCCUGUACAGAAAAGAAAAUCCCUGUUGUUUUUAGAUUACAAGAGGGCUAUGAUCAUAGUUACUACUUCAUUGCCACCUUUAUUACUGAUCACAUCAGACAUCACGCGAAAUACCUGAAUGCAUGAAAAACUUCAGAUAAGAGAAUCUCCUCUGAUUAUGGAAAUUGUAAUGAGCAGAAUUGCAGAG